AUGGCGAAGCUAAAAUGGAAGUUGGAGGGUGAUUGUAACUCAAAAUUUUUUCAUGCUUGUUUUGCUAAUAAGGGAAGGAAAAGAGUGCUGGAAAUGCGAUUGAAUGGGGUGGUUCAUGAGAGCCUGGAAAGCAUACAUCAAGGGGCAGUGGAGUUUUUUCAAAAUUCACUUCAAGGAGAGCCAACCAUGGAACAACCUAGCCUGGAAGGGCUCAUUGAUCUGGUCAUUCUUGAAGAGGAAAAUGUCUCUUUGCUUCAGCCGCUUACGUUAAAGGAAGUGUUUGAGGCCUUAUCAUCCAUUCCAAAUCAUAGUACUCUAGGGCCUGAUGGAUUUGGAUCGGGUUUUUAUAAAAGUAGUUGGGAGGUGGUUAAGAUUGAUGUCUGGAAGGCAGUAUUGGAAUUCUUUAUGACUAAGGAUCUUCCAAAAUUUUCCACGGCCUCAUACUUGGUUCUUAUACCAAAGAUGGAGUCGCCCACAGGUUUUGAUAAAUUUCGCCCUAUCAGUCUUUGUUCUGUCUUUUAUAAAAUUUGCUCCAAGAUUAUUGUCUCUCGAUUAACAGUGGAUAUGGCGAAAGCUUAUGAUCGGGUGGAUUGGGGGUUUUUGAUAUUGGUAUUACGAAGCCCUUGGUAUUCGGUCAUGAUGAAUGGUACCGUUAAGGGUUUCUUUCCAGGUGGUCGAGGUCUUCGUCAAGGUGAUCCUCUGUCUCCUUAUUUGUUUAUCAUUCAACAAGAGGUCCUAUCCCGGUUGAUCCAUAGGAGUGUGCGAGAGAAUCAGUUUGGGCUAUUCUCUCAGGCCAGAGGUAUGCCUAUUAUCUCUCUCUUGAUGUAUGCUGAUGAUGUUAUGGUAUUUUCUAAUGGAAGUCAAAGGCGGAAGCAAUGGCUUUUACGUCAGAUGGGCUUUAUGGAAGGGAUAUUCCCUUUCAAAUAUUUAGGAGUGUCGAUAAUUCGAGGGCAAUUGAAACAGGCUCAUUUAGAAGAUAUGGUGAAUAAAGUUCCUCAAGUUACUAUUGCCAAGAUUCAAAGAUUGAUGAGCUCAUUCUUUUGGGGAGAAGCUGAUGGGCGAGAUAAAAGGAAAUGGUUGGCUUGGAAUAAGAUUUGUAAUCCUGUGGAAGAAGGAGGACUUAGUAUACGAAGUCUUCAGGACAUUCAGAAAGCCUUGCAUAUGCGCUUUGCUUGGAAUCUUAUUCAAGAUAUUAAUCAUGUGCUUUUUGAGGGUGAAUUUCCACAAAGAGUGUGGUCCUUCUUUGGAAAUCUUUUUGGUAUACCUCUUGGUAAAUCUUGGAAACAGCAUGUUGGGAUUUGGUUUAGGCGUGCUAGCUCCUCUUCACAGGUGGGCUUUAUUGUUGGAAUACUUCCCAUUAUUGUUACUUGGCGUCUAUAG